GCUCCAAUUAAUUCAAACCAUAUUCUCAAGGUUCGGUAAUUAUGGCAUUUAAACUUAGUUUUAGACGCCGUGUUUUAGCUUUUGCUUUGCUUUAUGUUUGUCUAUUUUGGAAAUUAGGAAAUGCUGAUGAUGGUGAUGAUGAUUAUCCCGAGAAUCAGAUAGGUUCUGGAAUUGGUGGUGCUGGAGUUGGAAACGGUAGCAAUACAGGGGUUGGUGGUGGUACAGUAGGAGCUGGGUUUGUUAUACUUGGUGACCCUUCUCAAAUUGUCUCCAAAUCCUUGCUUUGUUUCAGUGAUAUUUAUAAAAGUUGUGAAGAGCCAUAUAGAUUAAGUGAGAAAGGAGACUUGAACGUACCAAGAGAGAAGAUUUAUAAGUUCUGUCAAGGGCCAUGUUUGUCUGAGACUAGAUUGGUCCUUAGUUGCCUUAAAAAGAUAUACAGCCGCUUUACAUUUUCUAACAAAGCAACCAUACAAGACAUCAGAGAAACAAUUCAAGAUGGCUGUCUUGGCGUACAUGUAGCAGCUGAUCGUGACUUGAAUGUCGUUAAGCACAUGGAGAAGGAAGCUGAUGAAAAAGAAAACAGAGGUUUGAAGGGUACUAAAACCUGCAAUGUUCUAAUGGGGCUUGUUUUGAUCCUAAUGGCCCCUGCUCUAUUACUCUAAGAAGAGUGCUAGGAGGCUAGCAAUUUUUGUGAUUUAUAGCUAUCAAAUAACUAUCAAUAAUAAUUUUAAUGGUGUGAGAUUUCAUCCAAUGACUCACUUUUCUUUGCUAGUUAUAUGUUGGCUAGAAUUCAAUGAAGUUGUUGGUCCCUAAACUUUUUCUUAGUAUAAUGAUAUAAUACCACUGCUUAUCCAAAUGAGUGCGAGUGUUUUAAAGCUUGGAGUCGUCGAAAAUGUUGUAUCUGGGAAUCACAUGCAUGAAUCAUGAAUUCAUGAUUUCAUGGUAUGUGUAGAUUUUUAUUUUUAUUAAAUUUGAGGAAUGAACUAUUAUAUUAAGGUA